AUGGGACCGGUGGGUAUGCUGGCACUUCUCAGUGCGUUUAAGAAAGGUGCUCUUCCAGGCAGGACGUUUGCCAUAGAUUGUGUACCAGAAAGACUGUCCAAAGCAAAGGAAAUUGGGGCCAUCCCCAUCAACUUCAAAGAGGACUCUCCACAGAAGGUGAUUAUGCAACACGUGGGCCGCCUGGCUGAUUCAGUGCUCGAGUGCGUUGGGUCUGGUCCCUCUUUGAGCACCGCAUUUCAGUUGGUGAGGCCAGGUGGUACGCUGAGCUCCAUUGGGGUCGCCACUGACGCGACAUUACCUUUUGCCCCCGCAUCAUGUUAUGACAAGAACAUCACACUUCGAUUUGGAAGAGUCCCCUUGGCUGUGUUCCAGGGCAAAAAGAGUCCUUUUCUUGGGCUGGAGUCCAGACCUGAUCUAUGUAUGCGUAGCCGUCUCCUGAUGAGUAGCAAUGCUCACGUAUGCGAGAUCAUCUCUACCACAAGCACCCGUCCCUUCGGCCCAGAACCCACUACCAACUAA